AUCAAAUUGUAUUUGUAUGUGUGGCAACAAUUCUUUCGAAACUUUAACUUUUAUCUGUUGUUAGAUACCAAAGAAUACGUUUUCUAAGAACAAAAUGGCGUUCUAAUAAGGAAAAGAUUGCUAAAUAUCAUCUAAAUAAUUUAUUUACCCUCAAAAGGCAAGACAGAUUAUUCCAUAUAAUACUAAGGUUUUUAAAUUGAACCUUUAUUAUAUUAGGAAAACUAUGUAUCAAGCUUGGCAAUGGGGUGGAACUCCUGCUACAAAUCCUGCAGCUGCUGGUUAUGUCCAAACACCCGCUACAGGACAAAUAGCACCGCCUCAAUGGCCGUCUGGUUACAAUCAGUAUGCUGCGAUGAGUCCUGAUGUACAACAACAAUGGGCUGCAUGGCAACAAUAUGCAUAUACAAAUACUGUGCCAGUUGGACAGGUCCCCACUACUGCCAAUUUUACGACGACUUACCCUGAGUAUCAAACUGCUAAAGAUUCUCAACCUCAAACUGCAACUCCAGCAAGCACUACAACUCCGUCUGAAAAUCAGACUAGUUCAGCUGAAGAGUUACUAUAAAGGGAACUGUUUUUCUAAGGCCGAUUAUUAGUAUA